AUGUUUCGUCUUCUGAAUCUGCGACCGAAGACCUGGGUCGCCAGAGCCCCGGAUGAAAGCCGUAAGGACUCUGAUGACUCGAAAAACGGCCAUCAAACUCCAUUGGAUCAGUAUCAGGAAGAUUGUGAAGGUGCCGGGCUCGCCCCAAUUGCCAUAUGUGGAGCGGCUCUCCGUCUGCCUGGCGGUAUCUCUCAUCCGGAUGAGUUAUGGGAUCUUCUAACGAGCAAUCUGGAUGCCCGGUCAUUUGGAUUGGCUACCAGGCAUGCUCGUGGAAAUGGAACCAUGUCUGAAACUUGCAUGCCUGAUGGACUGUCGCUCGGGGAAGGCAAAAAUGCCCUCGAUGCCUCGUUUUUCUCGGAUAUCCCCAAAUCAUUUGCAAAUCAGCCCCAAGGAUGGCAGAAAGUGUUGGAAGUGGCACGCGAGUGUCUUGACGAUGCGUGUGAAGUUGGCUCCGAAGGGAAGACCAAAGCAAGGGUUUUGGUUGCAGCUUCCAGGCCACAAGCUUUGGGUAUGGCAGACAGUCUGUGUCGAGCACUGAAAUUCGACGGGGAAAGCAAGGAUGUGAUUUCCGAAUCGUCGGCAUCGUUCAUUGCACUCAACGAGGCUUACAACUCGUUGAGUAAGGGUGAGGCUGGUUCUGCCCUAGUUAUUGGCGUGAACUUGUUCGCUGGACAUGAUGACACAAGCGCACUUGAAAAAGGCGACGCUUUCAACAACAACAACCAAAUCAAUGGCUCUUCGAGAGGAGAAGCCAUAUCCGCAGUAUAUAUUAAAUCCCUACGAGAGGCUCUUACAGAUGGAAAUCCCAUCCGGGGAGUCAUCCGCGCUAUACAUAAGGACGAUGUCGAUACAAAUGGUGUGCCUGGAGUUUCCCUGGAGGAAGCACCGGAAGAACUAAUACGAAAGACGUAUGAGAAAGCUGGCUUGGAUCCCUCCAGGACGGCUUACUUCGAGACUCAUGGUACUGGGUUCCUUGAGAAGGGCGACCCAGAAGCAGAUUCUAUACGUCGUGUUUUCGGUGAAAAUAAUAUCAGCGUGGGUUCUGCGAAAUCCAAGUUGGGUAAUAACGAGGGUGCUGCAGGCAUCACCAGCGUGAUCAAAGCCCUACUCUCACUCGAGCGAAACGUCAUCCCGCAAAGUAUUCGCCCUGGUUCUGUAGGACAAACUUGCUCCCCAACAAGACUGCUGGUCCCAUCAGAACCUACCCCUUUCCCAGAGGACCGAGCUGAGAGAAUUAGCAUAAACUCUUUGGGGUCUCAAGGGAACAAUUUCCAUUUGAUUAUUGAAUCAUUCUCCACCACGAGGACUCAACUCGUAACCCCAGAGCCAGCAGACCCUGAACUGUUGCUGUUUUCUGCGGAGACCCCGUCGUCAUUGACCAGGCAGAUCCGGACUCACCAUGACUUUCAUAAAGCUAGUAGGGCCCGAGGGGCUGAUAUUGCUUACACGAGGGCUAUGCGUCGUGAAGCCUUGCGGCAUAGAUCUUUCUCAAUUCUGCACGAGGGAGAGUUUCUCAGCACCUCGAGCAGUAUCGAGGGUCGAGCCCAACCACGCAGCCUAGUAUUGGUCUUCAGUGGACAGGGAGCACAAUGGGCAGGGAUGGGAAGAGAACUAAUCCAAACUAACCCUGAAUUUCGAGCAGAUAUAGAAACGAUGGACGAGAUUCUUGGCAAUCUGAAAAAGCCCCCAACAUGGAAGAUUUUGGAGGAAAUACAAAAAGGUGCAGAGGAUUCUGGAAAUCGAAUUGGGCAUCCUGAGUUGUCACCUCCUAUAUGUGCCGCCUUCCAAAUUUCUCUAUUCAGAUGGCUACAACGUCUGGGUGUGCAUGCAGAAGCCGCUAUUGGCCAUUCAGGUGGCGAAGUAGCCGCGGCAUAUGCUGCUGGCUAUCUGAGCAUGGAACAUGCAAUCACGGUUUCAUACUAUUAUGGACAAGUGGCCCCAGGCAAUGGUUCCGAUGGAGACAUGGCGGCUGUGAGCUUGGGCUCUAGCGAGAUACACGGCUUCCUGAGAGAUGGUGUCGUGAUCGGCUGCGAGAAUAGCCCAGCGAGCACGACUCUGUCUGGAGACCGAAAGGUCUUGGACGAGAUUCUGUCGUCGAUUAAAAAGGAAAGACCUGAUGUGUCUGCACGCAGGCUGAACGUCAAUAUGGGCUAUCACUCUCAUCAAAUGAGCCCGGUAACCGAAAGCUUUCUUGAAAAUCUGUUGACAGAGGGCGUUUGCUUCUCAAGGCCUCAAAAUGGGCGUGGAUUGGUUUUCAUCUCCAGUAUACAGGGCCAAGUGGUUGAGCACCCAGAGUUCCUCGGACCUGAUUAUUGGGCCACCAAUCUCAACAGCCGGGUCCGCUUUAGCACUGCUAUCAAAAAGUAUCUGGAGAAUAGAGGAGAGUGUUUGUUCCUGGAGGUUGGGCCGCAUUCUACGCUCGGUGUGCCACUGCGACAGAUUUGCGAGUCUGAGGACAUGCCAUAUAACUAUGUGCCGUCUCAGAAGCGGAAUACAAACAGCCAGAUCACGUUUCUUUCAGCAGUCGGAAGACUCUGGCAAGAAUCUGCAGUUGAAAACUUGACAUCGCUUUUCAAACAUGGAAAGGCAAUCCCGGGACUUCCAUCGUACCCUUGGGACUACGGUCACACCGGGAAUGACACAGAUGACAGCUCACGAAUGAGGCGUGCUUUCUCCAAUCUAAAUGAAAUGCCACCGAAGGAGAGAAGGGAACGGUUGAUAUCCAUAUUUAAUGAGGGGGCUUCAGAUGAACUGGCUGACGAUGAGGUCCCGACAACGGAAGCUGAGAUGGUCCUCCGGGUUCUAUGGAGGCGUGUGCUCCAAGGCAUCGUCACUACGAGAGCCUCGGCGAUCGGUAAAAAGCACAACUUCCUUCUGCUAGGAGGCGAUUCUCUUGUGACCAUAGAGCUGGUAACCUUGGCUAGCCGGUUUGGUAUUCGCAUGGUGCCAGCUGAUGUUGUUCGGCACCCGCGGCUUUCUCAAAUGGCCGCAAUUGCUUCCAUCGGCGACGACCAUGUUGAAGUUGACGUUAAACCCUUCAGCAUGCUAGGCCCCCAGGAUUCUGAAGAGACAAAAGCGAAAGUACAAGUCGAGUGCGGUUUACUGGAGGAUCAAGAAAUCCAGGAUGUGUACCCUUGUACGACUCUACAAGAAGGCUUCAUGGCGCUGGGCGUCAAACAACCAGGCUCUUAUAUCCACCGCUGGGUCUAUAAGCUACCGAAUAGCCUUAAUCUUGCGCGUUUCAAGGAAGCAUGGGAAAAGGUUAUGCAGAGUUGUGAUAGCCUGCGUUCCAGAAUUGUUCUAGUUGAGAACAAAGCUCUGCAGGUCGUCGUUAAAAACGAUAUCGCUUGGGAGCAUCCUGUUACUGGCGUUAGUCUAUCGGCACACGUCAGGGAAAUCAGCAAUUCAGUCAGGAUGAGCUACGGAGACCGACUCAAUCGCUUCGGAAUCGUGCAGCAAGAUGAUGGUGACCUCUAUUUCCUCUGGACUAUUCAUCAUGCUGCUUUUGAUGGCCUGACAAUGAAGAUUGUUCUCGAUGGUUUAUACCAUGCCUAUCAUGGUCACGACUUGGGACCUGUGCGACCCUACGCCAACUUUAUCCAAUACAUCCAGUCUAUUGAUACUGAAGACGCGAGUAAUUAUUGGCGGAAUGAGCUGGAGGGCGCAAGCAAGGCCCAGUUUCCUACCUCACAUCUAUCUGCUAAGCCGGCAAACUCCGCCCAGGUGAUGAAAUCGAUUAUGCCCUUCCAAAAUUUGACGAAACCUUCCUCCACCGCCGGUACUAUACUUCGAGCCGCGUGGUCGAUUGUUCUUGCGAAGUAUUGCGGUACAAAGGAUGUGUGUUUCGGAACGACUGUAUCUGGAAGGCAGGCACCGAUCUCAGGACUGAAUGAAAUUCCAGGGCCUAUGAUUGCAACCGUCCCUGUCCGUAUUCAGAUUGACAAUACGAAGCUUCUCUCCGUUUUCCUUCGCGAGGUACAGUCUCAGUCGGCUGAAAUGGCCCAGUAUGAGCAGUUCGGCCUACAGAAUAUCUCCAAGCUGAGCCAAGAUGCGCAGGACGCCUGCGACUUAGCCCACUUGAUGGUUGUUCAGCCUAUGCACCACCUGGACAGCGUUGCCGUUACCGCCGAGGACAGCGUUCUGAUAAGCGGAAGAGAAGAGAGAGCCCUGUCCGAAGAGGCAAUGAAGACGUAUUUCAAUUACCCUCUCGUAGUGCAACUGCGUGUUGGCGGCGGCCAUGUUGAGAUCGACUUUACCUACUACCCAGACGUCAUUGGUGAGGUGCAACUGGAAGCACUCUCCCACCACUUCAAGCGGGCAGUUGAUGAAAUUCUCCUUCCAGAGGACAGAACGCUCGGGGAGAUUUCCAUCUCAGGACCUUGGGACGUCCAGUUCGCCCACUUAUCGAACAGUCGCGAGGAGCCUGAGAUAAUUGAAAGUUGCGCCCAUGAAUUUGUCGAGACACACGCGAAGACCAGACCCGAAGCAUUGGCAAUUGAUGCCUGGGAUAUGAAAUUAACAUACAAAGAACUGAACAAGAAGGCAAAUAGACUGGCACACUAUUUGGUGAAGACUUACGAGGUUCAGUCUGAUGAGUUCAUACCGGUUUGCUUUGAAAAGUCUGCGUGGUUUUUCGUCUCUAUCCUAGCGAUCAACAAGGCUGGAUGUGCUUGGGUCCCUCUUGACCCAUCACAUCCUUUCGAGCGUCACCGGCAGGUUGUUUCCCAAACAGAAGCGAGAUUUGUGCUUGCUUCCGCGCAGACGGCCGAUAUGUGUUCUGCGGUGAUCGAACAAGUGGUGGAAGUUGGACACACUCUUGAUAAAAAGCUCCAGAAAAGGCAGCCGAAAGCGAAUGGCGUUUGCAAGGUAUCCCCGGACAACGCUGCCUACGUACUCUUCACAUCAGGCAGCACGGGAACGCCCAAGGGGAUUGUGAUUGAGCAUCGGGGGCUUUGUACGAGAUUGACUGCAAUAGUCAAGCGACUAGGGAUGCAGUCAGAUGCCAGGGCGCUCCAAUUUGCGUCUUAUGUAUUCGAUUUUUCCGUUGGCGAAAUCAUGAUGCCUUGGGUUGCGGGUGCCUGCAUCUGCGUUCCUCCAGAUGCUGUGCGAAUGAACGGUCUUGAUCUCUUUAUCAACGACAUGAAGAUUGACUGGCUUUUUCUCACACCUUCUUCUGUUCGUAUUUUGACCCCGGACAGAGUCCCUGGUAUCAGAAUGCUGUUUCUUGCUGGAGAGGCUGUGACCCGUGAUAUUCUUGAUAAUUGGGCUGGGAGAGUCCGUCUUUUCAAUGGAUGGGGGCCGGCUGAAACUUGCGUGGUGGAUACAGUACACGAGUUCUCAUCUGCACAUGAAUCGCCUAUGAAGAUCGGGUAUCCAGUGGGAGGAAGUUGUUGGAUUGUUGAUCCUGACGAUGCUAGUAAACUAGCACCUACUGGAACUGUGGGAGAGGUUCUUCUCCAGACCCCUUCAGUGUUACGUGAGUAUCUUCGGGACAGAGAGAAGACGGAAGAGUCGAUACUGGGAACACCUCCACCGUGGGCUCUCAACCAAAACACGAAAUACUUCAGCCGCUGCUUCAAGUCCGGUGACUUAUGUCGGUAUAACCCCGACGGAACUUUGGAAUUCGUUUCACGGAAAGGCUCCCAGGUCAAAAUUCGUGGGUUCCGUAUCGAACUUGGGGAGGUACAACAUCAUAUCUUGGCAGUCCUACCCGGAGUACGCCAAGUGGCUGUCGACGUAUACAAGGGAGAUACUGGCUCUCAGUUGGUUGCAUACGUUUGCUUCAAUGAAAAGCGGCUCCAGUCGGCUGAGAAGCCACCAUUUCUUCCUCUUAGUGAAGACCUCCAGUCGCUUCUCUUAGCCGCAGUAGGAGAGUUGAGCGUUAGAGUACCGCAGUACAUGAUUCCUACUCGCUUUAUCCCUUGCUUUUAUAUGCCUAUUUUGACAUCGGACAAGAUAGACAUGAGGAAGCUGAGCAGACUCACAUCCCUUCUUGGCCCGGUUGAGCUAAGCAGUUAUGGUCUCCAGAGCAGCAAGAAGCGCAAGCCAGAGACGGUGAUGGAGAAGAAGAUUCAGGCCAUGUGGGCAGAUAUUCUGAAACUGCCUCUGGACAUUAUUGGCCUAGACGACAGUUUCAUUGGCCUGGGAGGUGAUUCUAUCCUUGCCAUCCACCUUGUGAGGAUGGCACACCAUGCAGGUAUUGGCCUCACCGUAAAUGCUAUUUUCAAAGACCCGCGCCUGUCGAUAGUGGCGGCCUCUGCCACAGUCUUAAAUGGCGAAAGCAGUGCCUCCGUUGAAAUCGAGCCCUUCAGCUUAUUGAAAGAAUCAUUGCGCAGUAAGAAUGGGCAGGAAACGUUGAGACACAGCGCGAGCCUUUUGCCACACCAAGAACUAGAGGAUGCGUUUCCUUGUACGCAGUUUCAAGAAGGUGCAAUGGCACUCUCAGAGAAGCAGCCUGGUUCAUACAUUGCAAAGUUCAUCUACAAGUUGAAAGACGGCAUUUGUAUGGAACGGUUUACAAAUGCCUGGAAGCAAACUGUCCAGCUUUGCGCCAACCUCCGAACCCGAAUAAUAUUCAUUGAUGGACUAUGCCUGCAAGUAGUUGUCCACAAUAUUGAGCAGCCGGAUUUUGCAGAGUUUGGAAGCUUGAAAGAGGCGGUCUAUGAGGCUCAGUCUGUAAGGAUGACAUAUGGCUCGCCGCUCAGCCAAUUUUCUUUGGUGAAGGGCGACCAAGGCAACAGCGCGCAUUUCAUCUGGACAAUGCAUCAUGCGGUUUUCGAUGGAUGGAGCGCGAAGAUAAUAAUGGACACACUCCAGCGCGCGUACUACAAGCAAGAUAUUCGAGAACUACAACCUUUCCCGCGGUUUGUCAAGCAUAUUUUAGACUUGGAUGAACAAAGGUCAAACGAGUAUUGGAGUAUGCAGCUUCAAGGAGCCACCAGAGCAGCAUUCCCCCCAGAUUCAGACUCAGGCGGUCGUGAUCAACCCUCGCCAACCAAGAUUUGGCACCAAAGAAUCGAGCUGAAAGAGCGUACAACUGGCCAAUCCGUUACCAAACCCAUCAUUCUCCGUGCCGCCUGGGCAAUCAUCCUUGCGUCUUACUGUGAUACUGAGGAUAUUUGCUUUGGCACUAGCAUGGCUGGUCGUCAAGCAGAAGUUCCAGGCCUGUUGGAUAUGGCGGGCCCAGCGUUAGCAACAAUGCCGAUCCGAGUCUUUCUAGAUGGAAACCAAAAAGUGUCUGAAUUCUUGCGCCAGCUACAAAAGCAGGCCACAGACAUGAUUCCUUUCGAGCAAUAUGGCCUAAGGAAUAUCUCCAAACUUGACCAAGUUGAAAAGGAUGUGUGUGACUUUACCAGUUUACUGGUAAUCCAACCUAGACAGCACCUCGACUGGUCUGGAAACAACGAGGGUCACGAUUCAGAUGCUCUAUUGAUCCCUACAAGUGCUCAUGGAGGUACAGACGUGGACUUGAUGCAGGGAUAUUUUGCCUAUCCUCUUGUAAUCCAGUGUCACGUAUAUGACGAAUUCGUUCAGAUGGACAUGACAUACAACUCAGGAGUGCUGUCCGAGUUCCAAAUUCAGGCGCUCUGUCACAACUUUGAACAUGUCACAAAUCAAUUGGUUACUUCAGAUAAAAUUCCACUUUCGGAAGUAUCAGUAGCUGGCAUAUGGGACGCUGAGAAAGCGGUGAAUUUCAACCCAGACAGAUCGGAGGCGGUUCUUGAAUGUGUUCACGAUUUAAUUGAACAACAGGCCAUGAGAACACCGAAUAAGCCUGCUGUUUCUGCCUGGGACUUAGAACUGAGUUAUUCUCAACUCAAUUGCGCUGCGGACCGGCUUGCAAAUAGGCUCGUCACUGAAUAUGGGAUCAAAGCGCAAGAUCUUGUUCAUACUUGCUUUGAGAAAUCUAUAUGGAUGGUCGUUUCCAUGUUGGCUAUUAACAAGGCUGGUGCCGCAUGGGUGCCUCUGGAUCCCUCACACCCUCUGCAGCGCCAUGAGCAGGUCAUUGAGAAAACAAAGGCAAAGCUCGCACUCGUUUCACCAUCGAAUACUGAGACGUGCCGAAAGCUAGUCCCGUAUGUACUAGAGGUGACGGCCACACUUGACGAACAACUGGCCCGAAGUAACCCUGAAAGUGGUCCAAGAAAGCCAACAUCGGCUGUUACUCCCAGAGAUCCAUGCUACGUCUUGUUUACCUCUGGCAGCACCGGUACUCCCAAAGGUUUUGUUAUGGAACACAAAGCAGUGGCGAGUAGUCAAGUGGCUAUGACUAGAGCGUUGGGUAUGAAGCCGGACGUACGAAUGUUGCAGUUUGCAUCUUUCGCAUUUGACCUGUGCAUUGGCGAGAUUUACUGGCCGCUCAUGUUGGGUGGCUGUGUAUGUAUUCCAUCGGAGCACAUGCGAAUGAACUCGCUCAAGGAAUUCGUCCAUGACAGGCAAGUAAACGCAGCCAUUAUCACACCAACACUUCUAAAUUCUUUGAAGCCGGAAGAUUACCCGAGCCUUAAAAUGAUUGUGACCGCUGGUGAAGCUCUCGGGCAUGACGUGUUGCAGUCGUGGUUCGGAAAUACGCGACUCAUCAACGCUUGGGGACCUGCAGAGACUUGUGUCAUUAACACUAUUCAUGAGUGGAACUCGAGCAGAGAGCACCCGUUAACUCUGGGGAAGCCUAUAGGAUCUCACUGUUGGAUUGUCAACCCAAAGAACCCAUCUCAACUUGCCCCGAUUGGUGCGGUAGGCGAAAUUGUUCUUCAAGGACCUACGUUGUUGAGAGAGUACCUAGGAGAUCAAGAAAAGUCACAGGAGGUUCUGGUUGAAGAUGUACCUGCAUGGGCUAUACGAAGAGACCAGCCGGACUGGGACAGAUUCUACAGGUCGGGCGACUUGGGAUACUAUGACCAGGAUGGUAAUAUUGUGUUUUCCAGCCGCCGUGAUGCGCAAGUAAAGAUUCGUGGCCUUCGAAUCGACUUAGGCGAGGUCGAACAUCGAAUUCUUAAUGCCUUAGAGGGAGCAUCGCAGGUUGCCGUCAAUGUACUCAAAAUCGGGGCAACUAUGAGGUUGAUCUCGCAUUUCUGUUUCACCGAGGAGGCGAAGCAAGAAAGUUCCGGUGCCAAGGAGGCCAGCGAAAUCUUUCUUCCCAUGACCGAGGCGAUCAAGAAUAAGGUCUCCGGGAUGUUGGGCGAGCUGAACGUGAUGAUGCCGCAGUACAUGAUCCCUGUGCUUUUUAUUCCGUGUGGAUAUAUGCCAGUCAACAGCUCUGCCAAGCUGGAUCGGAAAGCAUUAAUACGUCACACGGAGAUGUUAGACCCUGAUCAGCUGGCGAAUUAUUCAUUGAGCGAAAGUAUCAAACGGCCACCGGAGACAUCCAUGGAGAAGCGGCUGCAAAGAUUGUGGGCACAGAGCCUUAAGAUACCUGCAGAGUCUAUUGGACGCGAUGACAGCUUUCUCAGGAUUGGUGGUGAUUCUGUCACUGCUAUUCACUUUGUGGCUAACGCACGCCAAGAGGGAAUCAAUAUUGUUUUUAAAGAUGUGUUUGAUGACCCAAGGCUAUGCAAAGUGGCUGAGAAAGCAUCAGACAGUGCAGAUGAUGGAGAGAAUCCUGAGACUUCGGCUGCACCAUUUAGCUUGAUCGAUGAGCAGACUCGCGGGAGGCUGACGGCGGAUGAUUUCCACAUGCGGUGCAAUCUACCUCUUGAUUUGGCCAUCGAAGACGUCUACCCAUGCACAAAACUUCAAGAAGGACUGAUGGCUCUGACAAUGAAGGUUCCUGGAUCGUAUGUCGCCAAAUACGUGUACAGAAUACCGAGUCGUGUUGACACGCUGCAAUUCAAAAUGGCGUGGAACCGCACGGUAGAGAUAUGUACCAACCUUCGAACCAGGAUCGUAUUCGUUGAUGGGAAAUCAUUGCAACUCAUUUCUAAAGAAUCUCCUCAGUGGGAGGAGAUUGAGAGUCAUGAUCUCCAAUCCUACCUUAAGACACUCAAGCACUUGGAAAUGGGGUAUGGCUCAAGGCUCAGCCGGUAUGCCCUGAUUGAAGAAAGUAGUGGCCAAAGAUACUUUAUAUCUAUCAAUCACCACUCCACAUUUGAUGGAUGGAGUUGGGGUUUGGUUAUUGACACUCUCAGUACUGCUUAUCACAAUGCUCGUGUACCUGAACGGCAACCAUACUCGGGUUUUGUAGCGUAUGCGUUGAAGGUUGACAAGAUUCAAGCCGAGAACUUUUGGACCUUGCAGCUCGAGGGUGCAAGCAGAGCUCAAUUUCCUGUCGAACAAAAGGUGAAGAGCCCAAGCCGGGAGAGGGACACAGGGUCCUUCGAGUGCAGCAUCCCACUUGACAUUGAAACAAAAUCUUCAAUUACAAAGGCUACAAUCUUGCGAGCAGCAUGGGCCAUUCUUCUUGCCCGGUAUAGUGAUGCCGAUGAUGUAUGCUUUGGUGCUACUGUCUCAGGCCGAAAUGCCUCUGUGCCUGGAUUGGAAUCCAUGGUUGGUCCUGUCUUGGCUACUGUUCCAGUCCGGAUCGUCCUGGAUAAGAGGCAGAAGGUGUCAAGCUUUUUACGCAAAGUCCAGGAUCAAGCAUCUGAAAUGGUAGCCUUUGAACAGUAUGGCCUUACGGAGAUAUCUCGAAUCAGCCCUUCAUUUAAACAAGCAUGCGAUUUUACCAGUUUGUUUGUUGUCCAAUCUCAACAGCCUAGCGAUGGCUUGAUUGAUUCGGUCGUGGAGGUGUUUGAUGAAGGAAAAGGGCUUACAUUGGACAUCAUGCAGGAUUAUUUCAACUACCCUCUGGUGACCCAAUGUUCCCUAGCAGGGGAUCAUGCUGACCUUACGUUCGUAUACGAUCGGAAUUCAUUGACUGAGUCACAGCUUGGUACUAUGUCUCGCCACUUUGGUCAUAUUGUUGACCAGCUUCAGCAAGGAAACAGUAACACUCUUCAAUCGGUAUCUGUUUCAGGAUCUUGGGAUUUGGAAUACUCUGUGGCACUGAACAAAGACAAAGUCCAGUUUCAUGCCGAUUGUAUUCAUCAUAUGAUAACCCAAAAAGCCUUGGAGCUGCCUGAUCACGAGGCUAUCUACACAACUGAAGAGUCAAUAUCAUACGCCAUGCUGGAAAACCUGACAACAUCCCUAGCAAUACACCUUCAGAGUCUAGGUGUUAAAAGGGGAAGCAUUGUUGCAUUGUGCACUCAACGAUCCAUUCUGGGGAUAGUGGCCAUGCUUGCUAUAUUCAAAGCAGGUGGUGCCUUUCUACCUUUAGACCCAGCCCACCCUGAAAGCCGCCGAGAGGCAUUGGUCAAGGAAGUGAAUGCUUCGAUUAUUGUAGUCUCACCGUCAACUUUGAAUGCUUGUCAAAGUAUAGGCUCUAUUGCUACUAUUUUGAAUCUUUCGAAAUCCUUCGUCUCGAAACUCUCAGAACAGAAACUCAGAAAUCAGGAAAAGCUAAUGCCACCUUCUCCAAGCGACUUGGCAUACAUUUUGUUUACCUCGGGUUCUACCGGCAAACCGAAGGGGAUUAUGAUCAGUCAUUCGGCUCUUUGUACAUCCAUGCAUGGGCUGGCCGGGUUCAUAGAUCCUCACCCAAAUACCAGAUGGUUGCAGUUCUCAACCUACACUUUUGAUGCAUGCAUCAUGGAGAUCUUUUUGACUCUCGCAUACGGCGGAACAGUCUGUGUUCCCAGCGAAGAUGAGCGGCUACAGGACACCCCCAAGUUUAUGACAGAGGCACGCGUGACAGGAGCAAUUCUUACACCCUCUUUUGUUAGGACUUUCACACCUGAACAGGUACUUCUACUAGAAGUCCUGGUUUUAGCCGGAGAGGCUCCUGCACAAGAUGUUCUUGAUCUUUGGUUUGGAAAGUUGAGACUGUUCAAUGCAUAUGGACCUACAGAAAUCUGCGUGAUCUGCUGCAUGUAUUCUUACAAAUCAGUCUCGGACUCUCCUCUUAUAAUUGGUCGUUCCUCGAAUAGCGCUUGCUGGAUUGUUGAGCCGGAUAAUCACAAUCAGCUCACACCUAUUGGAUGUAUCGCCAAGACGGAAAUGUGCUUCAUUCAAGAUCUCGAUUUCUCGGAGUCAUGUAAUGUCUCAACACACAACAGAUUCUACACUACAGGCGAUCUUGUUCGAUACACUGCAGAAGGUGAUAUAGAAUAUUGUGGCAGAAAGGACAACCAGAUUAAGCUUCGAGGUCAAAGAAUCGAACUUGGAGAGAUUGAACAUAAUAUCAAAGCUAUCUUGCAUGAAGCUGAGAAUGUUGCUGUCGAUGUUGUUCGCCAACCGUCGGGCGGGGAAGCGUUGGUUGCAUUUGUCAAUUUUGCUGGGGUAUUGGGGAAACGUGAGCCCACAGAGCAUAUCGAGGAAUCAUCAGAAAUUCUACUGAUUCCGGAUGAGAAAAUGGCCCAACGUCUGAAGAAGGUAGUUCAAGAGUUGAGAAAUGUGCUGCCUGGCUACAUGAUACCAAACAUGAUUGUGUCACUCAAAAGGAUGGUUUUUAUCUCUUCGAUGAAGAUCGAUAGAAGAGGACUGAGAUCGAUUGGUGAAAACCUCUUCCCGAUGGACAGGGAUGCAUUUUCACUUGAGAAUCAAGAUAUGACGGAGCCUUCGACAAGAAUGGAGCUCCAGUUAAGAGAACUCUGGGCUCAGGUCCUGAAGCUGCCUUCUGAUCAUAUCGGGAAAUAUGACGACUUUCUCCGAAUUGGAGGCGACUCAAUUACAAUAAUUCAUUUAGUAUCCCUGGCUCGCGAAAAUGGAAUCGCAAUCGACAUGAACACCGCUUUUGGAAACUCACGCCUUGACGCAAUGGCCGCCUCAGCGAGCAUCUCGUCGACGCCUGAUGGAAACUCAUUUUCCACGCCCGAUCCAUUCAGCUUGUUGGCUUUGGAUGAAAAGUCUAUAGCGAUACAUCAAGCAAGUUUGCAGUGCAGUAUUUCGACCGAGCAGGAUAUAGAAGAUAUUUAUCCCUGCACAACCCUCCAAGAAGGCCUUAUUACCUUGGCAGCAAAGCAUCCUGGUUCAUACAUUGCGAGACAUAUUUUCUAUCUCCCUGACAAUGUAGAACCAACUCGCUUCAAAUCGGCGUGGGAUAGAACAGUAUCCGAAUGCCAAAUCCUCAGAACACGUAUAAUCCUGUUGGGUAACAAGGCUAUUCAAGUUGUCUUUCGUAACGAGACAACUUGGGACACACCUGAUGAGGGUGGCAUCAAGCCUGUCCUGGGCGAUAUGCAGAAUAUGCAAAUGGGCUAUGGUGAUAGACUUUGCCGAUAUAGCCUUAUCGAGGAUGGCGGAAGGCAUGCAUUUGUCUGGACCAUACACCAUGCAGUUUUCGACGGAUGGUCAAUGCGUAUCAUUCUCACACUGCUGAACCAGUGUUACCAUGGGCUUGGGGUACCAGAGCAGCCACCAUAUGCAAGAUUCAUCAAGUACACUCAGGAUCUCGACCUAGACGCCUCAUCUCAAUACUGGAGAACACAGCUGGAGGGAGCUCAGAGGGCCAUUUUCCCUCAGAAUCCUCUCAACAAGGUUGAAAAGGCUAUCAAGAUGUUCAAAAGGCCCAUAACCUUUGCUUCAACUGAUAUGUCUACGACUAGAGCGUCUGUUCUACGCGCUGCGUGGGCGUAUAUGCUUGCCAGAUACUGUAAUACAGAUGAUGUUUGCUUCGGAACAACGGUUUCAGGACGUCAGGCGCCGGUUCCUGGUGUUGUGAGCAUUGCCGGUCCUACUCUCGCCACAGUACCCGUCAGAGUUAAAAUCGAUCAAAAUAGUACUGUCUCAGAGUUUCUCGAGGGCAUACAGGCUCAAAUAUUGGGAAUGGUUCCCUAUGAGCAAUAUGGUCUACAAAAUAUCUCAAAGACUUGUCCGGAUGCAAAGGAAGCCUGUGAUUUUGGUAGCCUGUUCAUUGUGCAGCCUAUGCAGCACUUGACGACUACUGAUGGCCCCAAGCCCGUCAUUGAGCUCAAUUCGAGCGACUCUAACGACGAAGAAAUGAUGGAGAGCUUUUUCAAUUACCCUCUCGUCGUUCAAGUACAUCUUUACCAAGAAUCAAUUGACUUCGUGAUGUGCUACAACCCUCAUGUGUUGCCCGAAUGCAGACUUGAGGCAAUGUACCACCAUUUUGGAAAUGUUCUGCGGCAGUUUUCGUCAUUGACAGAUGCCAAGCUUGAAUCCGUAUCUAUUUCUGGUGAAUGGGAUUUAAAACAAGCUUACGAAGCCAAUUCACACUAUGAGCCAGAGAUUGUCGACAGCUGCCCUCACCUUCUCAUCGGUAACCAGGCACGACAAGACCCAACUGCCAUGGCUAUCUGCGCCUGGGAUGGAAGGUUCACGUACCAGGAGCUGGAACAAGAAACAGACCGACUAGCCAAUUACUUGUUCAAUGAGUUGGCCAUCUCACAUGGCGACUUGGUUGCGUUGUGUUUUGAAAAGUCGGCAUGGUACACUAUUGCAGCCAUCGCGGUCAACAAGACAGGGGCUGCAUGGGUGGCUCUUGAUCCGACACACCCUCCGCAACGUCUGCAACAGAUUGCCCAGCAAGCCAAUUUCAAGCUCGCAAUGUUCCCUCCCGCCACUGCCGAGAUAUCGGCUUGCCUUUCACAGCAAUCUCUCGAAAUCGAUCACGCGUUCUCUGAGCGCUUGCGGAGAGGAAAGUCUGACCAAAACGGGCUUUCUCUGACAAUAUCGCCGCGUGAUCUCAUGUACGUUCUCUUCACGUCUGGAAGUACAGGUACACCCAAAGGAGUGGCAAUUCAACAUGGUGCGGUCUGUUGUAGUAUGAGAGCUCUCGGCGACCGGAUCGGACUUUCGAAUACGACGAAGUACCUCCAAUUCAGUUCACAUGUAUUUGACCAGUCUAUAUUGGAGAUUUUUGGUGUUCUCAUAGGCGGCGGGUGUGUGUAUGUGCCCUCAGAACACGACCGAAUGAACAACCUUACGGCCUACAUUCAUGAGUCUUCUGUUAACUCCAUGAUGCUUACCCCUUCGCUUGCACGUACGAUUAAGCCCGACGAAGUUCCAUCGAUCAACACGAUACUUAUUGGCGGCGAGGCUGGCGGUCGAGAAGUAUUUCAGCAAUGGUACGGAAGUGUUCGCGUUUUCAACGUAUGGGGUCCAACAGAGACUUGUGUCAUUGCAGCAGCACAUGAAUGGAAAUCUACCGAGGAAUCCAAUCUAACACUUGGGCACCCAAUCGGUGGAUAUUGCUGGAUCGUCGAGCCAAAUAAUCCAAAGAAGCUUGCUCCAGUGGGAUGCUUAGGCGAGAUAGCUAUUCAAAGCCCUACACUUCUGAAGGAAUAUCUCCUAGAUGAAGAGAAAACAAGGAUGGCUGUCGUGACUGAUAUGCCCGACUGGGCACCAAAUAGUGACUCUCGACAUUGGAAUAGGAUGUACCGAACCGGUGACUUGGGCUUCCUGAAUCCUGACGGUACCGUGGAAUACGCGGGCCGGAAGGAUGCUCAAACCAAGAUUCGUGGCCUGCGAAUAGAACUUGGAGAUAUCGAAUACCACGUCCAGGCCGCUCUAGAUGGCAGCUACCAUGUUGCUGUAGACUCUCAGUCGAGGGAUGGGGUAACUAGCUUGGUAUGCUAUUUCUGCCCUCAAAGUCAGAAACAAGUUCCAAGUAGUAGAAAAGAUCCUCAUAAUGAUGUGCUCUUUUCCAACAUGACCCAGGAGUUGCGGAUGACAUUGGCAUCCCUUGUCGAAACGCUACGUGGCACGUUGCCCCCUUACAUGAUACCAACCACAUUUAUUCCAUGCAACCAUAUGCCACUCCUUGUGUCUGGAAAAUUAAACAAGAAGAUCUUGAAGGAAACGACCAGGACGCUGGACCGGGAACAAUUGAACAGUUACUCGCUUCUUGAUGCAGACAAGCAGGCUCCAGAGACCUCAAUGGAAAUCAACAUGCAAAGGUUGUGGGCAAAGAUUCUCAACAUGAAUGAAGAAUCUAUCGGACGUGAUGACAGUUUUAUGGGCAUCGGAGGCGAUUCGAUUGCUGCAAUUCAAGUUGUCAAAGCUGCCCGCGACGAAGGAAUUAAGAUCACAGUCAAGGACAUUUUCACCGAUCCUCGUUUAUGGCGUGUUGCAGCAACUGCCAAGUUUUUGAAUCCUGAUCGGACCUUGCAGUCUAUCUCACCAUUCUCAAUGCUUGAUCCGUAUAUUGCUGAACAGAUAAAUUCUGGCAGCGUGUCAGAGGAAUGCGGUCUAGGUGUACAUCAAGUGAUAGAGGAUGCCUAUCCAUGUACAGCCCUCCAAAUUGGCCUCAUUGCACUUUCGGCUAAACAACCUGGCUCGUACAUUGCCAAGUUUGUCUAUAAAUUAUCACGACAUAUUGACCUACCCCGAUUCAAGGAUUCUUGGAUGAGGACACUUGAAGCUUGUCCCAUUCUUCGCACUCGUAUCAUCAACUCGAGUGGUCUGCAUACUCAGCUGGCUAUCAAGAAUGACACAUCUUGGGAUGAUUCAACGGAAGAAUUAAGGUUCUCAGAUGCUCUAAAGCGGGCUAAUAGGCUUGAAAUGACAUAUGGAACACCCCUUUGCCAUUACACACUUUCCCGGGACGACGAGGGCGAUUACCACUUCGUGGCCUCCAUUCAUCACGCUAUCCAGGACGGAUGGACCAUUAGGUUGGUCAUGAACACAUUAAUCAGCAUAUAUUCAAGCACAGAGAUUACACCCGUGGUGCCAUACGCUUGUUUCAUUCAACAUACAUCCAGCAUGAAUAUGGACGCAGCCAGGAGUUACUGGGCAACUCAGCUCCAAGGCGUCAAGCCGGCCUUGUUCCCUGCCGUUAAGCACGGGGGGCAUGAAAACAGGGGUGCGGUUCGCGUGUUGAACCAAUCCCUCAGCCUUCAAGAAUCAGUGCAUAAGUUCGUCACAACCGCCACGGUUUUACGUGCUGCCUGGGCGGUGGUGCUUGCAAAGUAUUGUGACAGUCAGGAUAUUUGUUUUGGCGCAACCAUAUCCGGCCGCCAAGCACCUGUUGAUGGAAUUGAAUCUAUGCCCGGACCUAUCAUCGCAACGGUACCCAUAAGGAUUCAAUUGGAUACUAGAAAAUCCGUUGAGACUUUUCUGCAGGAUGUUCAGUCCCAGGCAUCAGAAAUGGUUAGUUAUGAACAGUUUGGUCUCCAGAACAUUUCUAAAAUUGGACCUGAUGCGAUGGAUGCUUGCAACUUUUCCAGUCUCUUUGUUGUCCAGCCAGCCGACUUUCUUUCCUCGAGAAUGAGAGAAGAUUUGUUGGUUCCGAGGUCUGGCGAAGACGAGUUAGCGGAGGAUAUCUUGCAGGGAUACUUCAACUAUCCUCUAGUGAUCCAAUGCCAUGUCCAUGCUGAGAACGUUGAGCUUCACGUUAUUUACAACGCUGAACAUCUUUCUGAGCUCCAAGCUACUGCAAUCUACCACCAAUACGGCAAUGUGGUCCACCAACUUCUUACUAGAAGAGAAGGUCUGUUAGAAGAUGUGUCACUUGCUGGUACAUGGGAUCUGGAAAAGGCUAUCUCGUGGAAUACAGAGAAUCCUGAGAUAAUGAACACCUGCUUCCACACGCUGGUUGAAAAUCAAGCAUUAGUCAAGCCAGAGGCACCCGCCAUUUGUGCAUGGGAUGGGAAUUUUACCUAUAGAGAACUCAACCAGGCGGCCAAUCGUCUUGCUCACAAGCUUGGUAGCAUGGGGGUUAAGCCACAAGACUUGGUUCAUGUUUGCUUCGACAAAUCUGCAUGGUAUUGUAUCUCAAUUCUCGCUAUUAACAAGGCUGGUGCCGCCUGGGUGCCCCUCGAACCAUCUCACCCAGUUGAACGUCAGAAACAAGUCGUAUCGCAGACCAAGGCGACUGUGGCUCUGUGCUCACCCUUAAACGCCUCAAUGUGCGAGGAUAUUAUCCUGAACGUGAUAAAAGUAGAUAAGGCUCUGGAUGAACGCCUUCAGGCCUUGGGACUUCCGGACUCUCCACCUGCGAUCCAAGUAUCCCCCAGAUUUGCAAUGUACGUGCUGUUUACUUCGGGAAGUACCGGGACACCAAAGGGCUUUGUCAUGGAGCACGCUGCUGUCUGCACCAGCCAGACAGCUCUUGCACAGAGGAUAGGCAUCACACGCAGUGAAAGGGUCCUGCAGUUUGGCGCAUUUGUUUUUGAUAUAACUAUUGGUGAGAUUGUUCUGUCAUUGAUAUCUGGAGCCAGCAUUUUCGUUCCAUCUGAACACGACAGGAUGAAUAAUCUCCCGGAAUUCAUACAAAGGAAUAACAUUAAUUGGGCUUGGGUGACGCCAUCAUUCAUCCGCACCAUCACCCCCGAGCAGGUUCCUAGUCUAGAGCUUAUUGCUCUUGCCGGAGAGGCUGUUGGCAGAGAUAUUCUUGAUGCUUGGUUUGGAAAAGUCAGGCUACUCAAUGGAUGGGGCCCAGCGGAGACGUGUGUCGUCAGUACACUCCAUGAAUGGGCUGACCCUGAUGAAUCGCCACUCACGAUCGGGCGUCCUAUCGGUGGCUUCUGCUGGAUAGUCGAUCCGGAAGACCCAUCCCAACUCGCCCCUAUUGGAACCGUUGGAGAGGUUGUUAUACAAGGUCCGACGUUACUACGCGAGUAUCUUAGAGAUCAAGAGAAAACGGAUGCAAGCAUGGUGCGACCGCUUCCUUCGUGGGCACCCCGACGAACUAUCACUGGGUGGAAUCGUGCCUAUAAAUCGGGAGAUCUAUGCUCUUACAACUCUGAUGGAACGUUGGAGUUCGUUAGUAGAAAGGAUACUCAGAUCAAGAUCAGAGGUCUCAGAGUGGAACUCGGAGAAGUCGAGAGUCAAAUCAGACAAGGCCUUCACGACCUUCGUCAUGUCGUGGUUGACAGCGUCGAAAUAGCAACUCGCACAAACCUAGUGGCGUAUCUGUCAUUCACUGACCAGGUUAUGUCCGGUUCCUUUGAAGCACAGGAUAUUUUUGAGUGCUCCUCUGAAGGGAAUCAAUCUCGGAUUAUUGAGUUGGUAGGAAGGCUGAGCGCCAAGCUACCACGGUAUAUGAUACCGACCUAUUUUAUAUACUGCCGAUUUAUGCCAUCAAUCACGUCGACCAAGUUGGAUCGGAAAAAACUGAAGGAGAUCACAAUGGCUCUUGAUGCAACUGAAUUGGCCAAAUACUCACGCGUCGAAAGUAAAAAGCGUGAGCCGGAAACCAAAAUGGAGAGACAGCUUCAAAAGCUCUGGGCCGACAUAUUGAAGCUUCCAUUUGAUUCAAUCGGACGAGACGACAAUUUCCUACAAAUAGGAGGCGAUUCCAUUGCAGCUAUUUCACUGGUUACGUCUGCACGUAACUCUGGAAUAUUACUGACAAUCAAGGACAUCUUUGACAACCCGACCCUCCUUGCUGUGGCGGAGAAUGCGGUUGAAUCUACGGACAUUACAUCUGAAGAGCAGCCGCUAUCGCCGUUCGAUUUGAUCGAACCUCAUAUCCAGGAAAGAAUCAAUAGCCUGGAAAUGAGACAGAUAUGGCAGAUUUCUCAGAGUCAACUAAUAGAGGAUGCUUUCCCUUGUUCCUCCAUGCAAGAAGGUCUCAUGUCUCUAACAGAAAAACAGCCUGGUUCCUACAUCACCAAAUACGUGUUCCGCAUCCACAACCAUGUGGAUUUGUCCCGUUUUAAAUUUUGUUGGAACGCAACAGCGCAGAUGUGCACCAAUAUGCGGUCUAGAAUCGUAUUAGUUGAUGGGGAGUCCUAUCAAUUAGUUGUCAAGGAAGAGAUGGAGUGGGAACAUGUCACCGCAGCCAAUCCAGCCGCAUAUAUGAACCGGCCCACGACCCGUAUAAUGGGAUAUGGAACUCGCCUUUCUUUGAACACUGUUGUGUCUUGUGCAGAUGGAAAAGAUUACAUAGUGUGGACGACACAUCACGCAAUGUAUGAUGGCUGGGCCUUGAAGAUAAUUUUCGCCACCCUUCACCAGGUGUUUCAGGAAGAGACAUUGACAGCCUUGCGCCCGUAUUCUAACUUUAUCAAGUACUCCAUGAAUGUGGACAUUUCAAAGGCCGGAGAGUACUGGAAAAAGGCGCUGGUUGGAGCUAGGAAGGCAUCUUUUCCUCCUCCCCUGGACGAAUGUUACUCCACGGGUCAAGACCAUCUCCCCCGAACACACAAUCAACAUAUCGAUUUGAAGGGCUCUAGACAUAAAUCAGUCACCAAGGCAUCGGUAAUGAGAGCUGCUUGGGCUGUGGUGCUUGCACGUUAUUGUGAAAGCCACGAUAUCGUGUUCGGAGCUACCGUGUCUGGCCGUCAAGCCCCUAUUCCGGGAAUCGAGAGCAUGCCUGGUCCAGUAAUAACCACAGUACCAGUAAGAGUUACGCUUGAUCUGAAUCAAUCUGUGGGAGGCUAUCUUCGAGCUGUUCAAAAUCAAGCUCUGGAAAUGGUGCCACACGAGCAAAUUGGGCUACGAAAGAUCGCUCUUUUGCAUCCCGAUGCCAGAACUGCGGCAGACUUCAGUAGUCUACUCGUGGUGCAGCCAACAGCCAAAGCUAGCGACCUUGAAACAGGAGGUCAUUCUGUUCUUUUGUCCGGAGAGACAGAAAGAACACUGACGCAGGAUGCAAUGGGCAACUACUUUAACUACCCCCUUGUUCUUGUUAGUAACAUGUUCGAAGACAGCGCCGAUCAAGUCUUCUACUACGAUGCUCGAGUCAUCUCCGAUGCGCGGAUUAUUGCUAUUUCGCAUCACUUCGGACAUGUGGUCCAACAAUUAUUAAACAUGGAUGAAGAACCAUUGAGCAGUAUCUCACUUGUAGGAGAAUGGGAUAAAAGACAUGCCAUCGAGGUACAGAGGCUUGCCGAGCCGACAAAGGCAUGUACACACUGGCUUAUCCAGGAACAUAUCAAAGCCCGGCCGUUAGAUCCUGCUAUCAUUUCCUGGGAUCGCAAUCUUACCUAUCACGAAUUAGGGAUGUUUGCCUCUCGUCUGGCUGUGAAGUUGCAAGAACUUGGCGUGGUACCAGAAAUCCUUGUCCCCAUUUGCUUUCCCAAGUCUACUUGGGCUGUGGUUGCGAUGGUAGCUGUCCAGAUGGCUGGAGGUGCCUUUGUUCCCCUGGACCCAGCAGCUCCGUCUGAUCGCCUCAGGUCCAUCAUUGAAGACGCAAAAGCCGAACUGGUUCUUUGCUCUCCGCCUGAUGAAGAAACCAUUCGAAGUACUGGGCUCGAUAUCAACACCCUAGUCGUGAGUGAGGAGGAGUUGCUUGAGCUUUCCGACCCACCACACCCAGUGGCCUCUUCCGUCAGCUACGAGAAUGCUAGUUUUGUUAUCUUUACCUCAGGCUCUACGGGUCGACCAAAGGGCAUGUUGAUACAGCAUGACCAAUUCUGCGCCUUUACGUUUGAUCUAGGCAUCUUCGACGUGUUGGGCACUCUGACCAAAGGUGCCUGCAUUUGCAUGCCAUCUGACUAUCAGCGUCUCAACGACCUCGCGGCGACAAUCAGGUCUACGGAGGCCAAUUGGUUGUUUUGUACGCCCACGGUAGCAAAUCUUCUGCACCCGUCUGAAGUUCCAACUUUAAAAACCAUCGGUUUGGGAGGCGAGGCUAUCACGAAGCAAGUCUCAGAUCGUUGGAAAGAUCACGUGCAACUCAAUGGCUUGUACGGCCCAGCCGAGGCAUCAUCUUGCGCCAGGAACCCCGAUGUAGGAAGAGACGACCGACCAACAAACAUCGGUGUGCCAAUGUCGAGUGCAUUUUGGGUGGUUGAACCUCAAGACGUGAAGAAGUUAGUGCCUGUGGGAUGCAUCGGCGAGCUUCUCAUCCAGGGACCUAUGCUUGCCCGAGGGUAUAUCAAUGUCACUCCCGAACAGAAUGCAGCCUGGAUGGAGGAUGUAGACUGGCUUCCGGGAGAAAUUUCCCGGCGGAGAGCGUAUCGCACAGGAGAUUUGCUGCGCCGAAAUGCAGACGGAACAUAUGAGUACAUGGGCCGAAUGGAUUCACAGGUCAAGAUUCAUGGGCAGAGAGUUGAACUGGGUGAAAUCGAAACAAGGAUCUACCAACACUUACCGAACAACAUGAGUGCGAUUGUCGAAGUCAUCAGAUCAGAUAAGAGCACAUCGACUGAUACCUUACUUGCUUUCAUGUGGUACACUGAUACGACGGAUGCGAGGUCUCACGGCGCUGUCAAAUUGCUAGCGUCCGUUUCCCCAGACAUCAAGCUGCUGAUCUCAUCAAUCAACACCUCUCUUGAGACUGUACUUCCGUCGUACAUGAUUCCUUCAACCUAUCUUAUCUUACAGGGACAGCCAGAGAUGUCAGUCUCUGGCAAAGUAAACCGUAAAGCGCUCGUUACCCACGCGACUGGGUUGACUACACAGGAUCGUCUUCGAUUUGCUCCCGAGACGGCAAAGCACGAACCUCCAAAUACUGCCAUGGAAUUCAAGUUGAGAGAACUAUGGGCGAAGGUUUUGAACAUAAACCCUGAAGAUAUUGGCAAGUAUGACAGCUUUUUGAGAGUUGGCGGUGACUCGGUUGCAGCUAUUCAACUAGUUUCUAUCGCCCGAUCGCAAAGUAUAACUCUGCAAGUUAGCGCCAUCUUCCAUGACCCUAGACUAUGUGCUAUGGCAGAAGCUGCUGCAGAAACAGAGUUUACUUCUGAGACCGACAUUGUUCCAUUCAGCAUGUUAGAAGGCCUCUCACUGGAUACAGCAGAGAUGGUAACAGAGAUUCGAAGAAAGUGCAAUCUGGACGAUGAUGUUGUGAUUGAGGAUGCUUUCCCUUGCACAAAACUUCAAGAGGGUCUCUUGUCCUUAACAUCAAAACAGCCUGGCUCUUACAUUGUCAACAAAGUUUACAGAUUACCGGAAAGUACCGAUGUUUCCAAGUUCAAGACUGCUUGGGAGACAACUGUGGACUUAUGUGGUAUCUUGCGAACAAGGAUUGUUCUGUUUAAAGAAUCUGCUAUCCAGGCGGUCUUCAAGAAUCUCGACUGUUGGAACGUCGCCAAGGGCAUGGAUUUGAAACAAUACCUCUCUGAUAUCGAGCUUGUGAAUAAAGAUUUGGGAUACGGGACACCUCUCUCAAGGGCAGCUCUCGUCAAAGACGUUGGAGGUACGAACUAUUUCGUUUGGACGGUACAUCAUUCCGUUUUUGAUGGCUGGACUAUCCAAAUUAUCAUGGAUACUCUCUCUAAAGCUUAUAUGGAUAUCUCACUCCCCAAAUUGCAGCCCUAUUCCCGAUUUAUCAAAUAUGUCACAGAUCUCGACACAACUGAAGCUAGUAGCUACUGGACCCAGGAGUUAUUCCAAGCAAAGCGAGCGACCUUCCCAGUAUCUACUACUCUCAUGGAUGAACCGGCUUAUCAGGACGAGAGCAAGGUAUUCCAGUUUAAGAUGACAUUUCUUGGCACAACAGGCACAUCGAUCACCAAAGCCACAAUUCUGCGUGCAGCUUGGGCCAUUUUACUUUCUAAGUAUUGUGAUGAUAAUGAUAUCUGCUUUGGGACAACAGUUUCAGGUCGCCAUGCACCUGUAAGCGGCUUAGAGAGCACACCUGGCCCUAUGCUUGCUACAGUCCCUGUCCGGGUACGAUUGGAGCCAGGCAAGACAGUCUCUGAAUUGUUGGAUGACACACAAACACAAGCAUCUGAGAUGGUGCCAUAUGAGCAAUUCGGAAUUCAGAAUAUUUCUAAGCUUGGACCUGAUGCCAGGGAAGCCUGUGACUUUUCCAGCCUCAUCGUAGUUCAGCCAAGUCGUCACUUUUCUGCGAGUGGGGAUGAAUCGCUGCUGGUUUCACGAGAUGAUGACGCAGCUACGACAGAGAAGCAGCUUCAGAACUAUUUCAGCUAUCCGCUUGUGUCAGAGUGCUUCCUGAACGAUGACCAUGUUCAACUAAUCUACGUUUAUAAAACUAGUUACUUGACUGAAACGCAGAUGGUAGCACUGGCACACCAUUACGAACGCAUUGUUCAGCAGCUUCUGUGCCAAGAUGACACCAAAGUCGGUGAUCUGGACAUUGCAGGAGAAUGGGAUCUGAUGAAAGCUAUGGAAUACAAUUCAGUGGAAAGUAAUAGUAUUAAUGUUGUCUAUUCCUGCCUGCACCAUCUUUUCGAGGAGCAGGUGAAACGCCAACCUAACAAGGUCGCCUUACGUGCGUGGGACGGUGACUUUACUUAUCGCCAGCUUGACGAAGCUGCCAACCGGUUGGCCAAUUACCUGUUUUCUGAGCUGAAGGUACAGAUAGAAGACUUUGUACUUGUCUGUUUUGAGAAGUCAGCAUGGUAUCUCGUAGCAAUACUUGCGAUCAACAAAGCAGGAGGCGCGUGGGUGCCUCUUGAUCCAUCACAGCCCACCACCCGGCAUCAUUCAGCCGCUACCCAGACCCGAGCGAGGAUAGCACUGGCAUCUACUAGCUGUUUGGAACACUGCAAGACACUCGUGGAAACAGUGGUUGAGGUAUCUGGGCCAAGCGACCUGUCGCUCCAGAAUAAUGGUUUCGAUGGGAUCAAUGCUCCACGCUGUGAUGUCCAGCCUCAUCAUUCUGCCUUUGUACUUUUCACGUCUGGUAGCACCGGUAUACCAAAAGGCAUUGUGAAUGAACAUAGAGCGGUCUGCACUAGCGAGGUGGAAACCAUUAGGAGAUUCGGCCUUCACUCAGACCUUGUGGUGCUUCAGUUUGCAUCGUUUGUUUUCGACCUACACAUCACGGAAUCCCUAACCUCUUUCCUAGCAGGGGCAUCGGUGUGUAUGCCCUCGGAGGAGACUCGGCUGAACAGCUUACCUGGUUAUAUAAACGAAAUGGGGGUUACGUGGGCUUAUAUGACGCCAUCACUGGCCCGGACAAUACGACCAGAGGAUGUUCCUGGCCUAAGAGCCUUAUCUUUCGGCGGCGAAGCUGUCAGUCCAGAUGUAUUUAAUCAAUGGUUUGGCAAGGUCCAGCUGUUCAACGGCUGGGGCCCCGCAGAGGCUAUCGUGCAUAGCACAAUCCACGAAUGGAAGUCGUGCCACGAGUCCUCAAUGACUAUUGGAUAUCCUGUUGGCUGCAAUGCUUGGAUAAUUGAUCCAAAUAACGCAAAUAAGCUCUCUCCAAUCGGUUGUCUAGGCGAGAUUGUCCUUCAAGGACCAACACUACUUCGAGAGUACCUGGCGGACCCUGAUAAAACCAGGUCGCUGCUUCUCACUGAUCUUCCAUCGUGGGCCCCAAGACAUGAUGAACCUGGCUGGUCGAGGUUUUACAAGACUGGAGAUUUGGGAUUUUAUAACCCAGACGGAUCGAUCAGAUUCUCAUCAAGAAAGGACACGCAAGUCAAGAUUCGAGGCCAGCGUAUCGAACUUGGUGAGAUUGAAAACAGUAUUUUGAAAAGCUUGGAAGGGAUCCGACAGGUUGCUGUGGAUAUCCUCCAGACCGAGAGAAACAAAAGUCUUGUUGCAUUCUUUUGUUUCAACGACGACUCUCGAGUCCCACGUGACAAAGAGGACCAGUCUAUUUUCCUCAACCAUACAGAAGACACCCACGGUCGCCUUCUGGCCAUGAGGGGCAAGAUGGCGACUUCUUUACCCAAAUACAUGAUUCCUACUUUUUACAUCAUGUGUAGUUAUAUGCCACUGGUCACCUCUGGUAAAAUGGAUCGCAAAACUCUCAAGGCGUUAACUGCAAGUCUCUCUCAGAAGGAACUCGCCACCUAUACCCUUGUGGAUGCUGAUAAGCGGGCACCGGAAACUGAAAUGGAAAAGAAGCUACAACUGAUAUGGGCGGAAAUACUAAACAUACCAAUGGAUAGUAUUGGUCGCGAUGAUAGCUUCCUGGAAAUCGGGGGUGACUCUAUCGCCGCCAUCACUCUUGUGGGGGCCGCCAGUGAAGAGGGUAUCCAAUUCACCGUAAAAGAUGUUUUCAACGAUCCAAGGUUGUCCGCAAUUGCCUCCAAAGCGAUCGAAUUGCCCAACGCCAGGGAUGGGGUCUCUGACAAUGACUAUCAGCCCUUUAGCCUUCUUGAGCCGACCCUCCGUGACUUGGUGACGAUGGCCAAUAACGACACCUCGGCAAAACUCGAACUAGAGCCUGAGCAGAUAAUUGAAGAUGCCUAUCCAUGCACUGGCUUCCAAGAGGGGCUAAUGGCUCUCUCGGUCAAACAGCCUGGUUCCUAUAUAACUCAUCAUACAUAUCGACUCGGAGAAAAUGUAGACGUCAACCGCUUCCGUGCUGCAUGGGAACAAACAGUUCAAGCAUGCAGUAGUUUGCGUACCAAGAUAUUGAAGCUUUCAGGAGUUCCCAUACAAGCUGUCACCAGAGGGCCCGUAAGAUGGAAAUCUGGAUAUGUUGGCAUGAACCUUAAGUCGACUCUGGAGGAACUACGGACUACAGAGAUGACAUUUGGUUCGGAAUUAAACGUCUUCGCACUAGUUCAGGAUCCCGUUGAAGGAUGGCAUUUUAUCUGGCUAGCUCAUCACGCAGCUCAUGAUGGUUGGACAGCUCGAAUUGUUAUGGCCACUUUACAUCAAGCCUACCAAGGCUUUGAGCCACCGCCAAUCCCUCCCUAUGCGGGGUUUAUCAAGUUCGUAUUAGACCUUGAUUUAGAGAGCGCAGCUGAAUACUGGGGGAAGCAACUUCAAGAGGCUCAUCGUGCCGUGUUUCCACUACAAUCAUCAACCAAGGCACUGUCCGGCGGUACCAAAACCAUGGUCAGGUCUCUUGAUGUUUGCGCAACUUCCAAGAGCCCAAUAACAAUGGCUACUAUUCUCCAUGCAACAUGGGCCUUUGUACUUGCACGUUACUGCGACGUAGACGACGUCUGCUUUGGUGUCUCAACAUCUGGCAGGCAGGCACCUGUCAGCGGCCUACCGCAUAUGACUGGCCCGGUUGUGGCAACGGUUCCCUUGAGGGUCCGCAUUGAUCCCGAACAUUCUGUACUGAGCUUUUUGCACACUGUUCAAGACAUUGCUACUGAAAUGGGCACAUAUGAGCAAUUCGGACUUCAAAACAUACAAAAGUUAAGCCAGGAUGCUAAGGAAGCUUGUAAUUUCAAUAGCUUGUUGGUAGUCCAACCAGUUCAGCACUUGGUUGGAGGGGUGAUGGACUCAGAUGGACUGAUCUCGCCUGUCGAGGCUCGAGAUGAAGAAGACUUACAAAACUUCUUCAACUAUCCCCUCGUCAUUCAAGGACACAUGUUUGAUGAUCAUACAGACCUAUACCUUGUAUACGAUACAGGUUGCGUGUCCAACUCUAAAAUGGAAGCACUUGCUAUCCACUUUGAGGAGGUUGCUAAACAACUUUCGAAACUUGGCGAGACUCCGCUAGGCGACAUUUCUUUAGCAGGAGACUGGGAUCUAAAACAAUCGCGGUCUUUCAACCAACAUGAGCCAGUGAUAGUUGAGAGCUGUGUUCAUGACUUGAUUGAAACCAAGGUCCAGAAUUUUGGUGAUAGACAAGCUAUUGAUGCAUGGGAUCGCUCUUUCACCUACAAUCAGCUCCAAGAAUCAGUCGAUAUGGUCUAUAUGCAUCUUGUCAAUGAUAUGAAUGUAAAGGAGGGCGAUCUAGUCUUAGCAUGCUUUGAGAAAUCGGCUUGGUAUAUCGUGUCUAUUCUUGCUAUAAACAAGGCAGGAGCAGCAUGGGUUCCAAUCGAUUCCUCUCAUCCCGCCCAACGACUCAAAAAUAUUGCCGAGCAAACAAGAGCAAGGCUUGCUCUCACAUCCACAGCUAAUGAAAAGCUGUGCGCCAGCCUGGUGGACAACGUGCUCUCGGUGACCUCGGAACUCAAUGAAACACUUGCCAAGGAUUCAAAGCAUAAAUUGCAUGAGUCUACUAUCUCGGCUCGGUCUGCUGCAUAUGUUCUUUUUACCUCGGGCAGCACCGGUGUGCCAAAAGGUGUUGUAAUUGAGCAUGUCUCGAUGUGCACGAAUCUUCUUGCAAUGGCUAAGAGAUUGAAAAUCUCACCUGAUGUUAGGAUGUUGCAAUUUUCAUCCUUUGCGUUCGAUUUCAGUGUGGUGGAGAUAUUUGUGUCCCUGGUUUCGGGUGCUUGUGUCUGUGUUCCUUCAGCCCAUGACCGAAUGAACAACCUCAAAAGCUUCGUUGCUGAAAAGAAAAUCAACUGGAUGUGCCAGACUCCCGCUGUUGCCCGAACUUUGACGCCAGAUGAUUUCCCCAGCCUGAAGCUGUUGCUACUUGGUGGAGAGGCAGUUAGCCAGGAGAUUGUCGCUUCAUGGAUUGGGAAGGUUCGCCUCUUAAAUGCAUGGGGGCCUACCGAGACCACCGUUAUGGGCUCGAUGCAUGAGUACAAGUCUGCCGAGGAGCAAUCUUCUAUCAUAGGAGCUCCUAUCGGGGGAUUCUGUUGGGUCGUUGACCCGAAUGAUCACAAUAAGCUUGCACCUACAGGGUGCUUAGGCGAGGUAAUGAUCCAGGGUCCAACUUUGCUUCGAGAGUAUCUCUUCGAUAGUGCCAAGACUGCAGCAGCAACAGUGUCUCAACUUCCCCCUUGGGCCCCCAAGAAGUCUUCCCCUUAUUAUAGACGCUUUUUCAAAACCGGCGACCUGUGUUUCUAUAAUGAAAACGGGGAAUUGGUAUACUCAGGUCGCAAGGAUCAACAAAUCAAGAUUCGUGGUCUUCGAGUUGAGCUUGGUGAAAUCGAGUCCCACAUCCGCCAAGGCUUGGAUAAGGCUGAGGAGGUUGUUGUGGAUGUUCUCGAGACUGAGCAUGGGCCAAGUCUGGCAGCAUUCUACCAUUACAAGCACAAUGCCAUAAUCGAAGAAGGCACCGUUGACGCCAGCAAAUUAAUUCUUCCACUUUGCUCAGACUUAGAAAGCGACAUUAUCGCUUUGACUGGACACUUGAAAGUCUCCCUGCCCCCGUACAUGGUUCCGAAAUACUUUUUCCCCUGCAGAUACAUCCCAUUGAUUACCUCGACCAAGCUGGAUAGGAAAAAGCUCGUCAGCGAGGUAUUAGCUCUGAAACGAGGUGACCUUGCCAGAUACGCGCUAACGGCCACCAUUAAACGUGCGCCUGAGACCGAUUCGGAGCUCGAGAUGCAAAAGGUCUGGUCUCAAGUCUUGGAGAUUUCGCCCCAGUCCAUUGGCAGGGAUGAUAGCUUUCUCCAGAUUGGUGGCGACUCUAUUCUGGCCAUUCAAGCUGUUGAAAUGGCCCGUCAGGCUGGACUUGAUAUUACUGUCCAAGCUAUAUUUGAUGACCCUCGACUUUCGAGUGUCGCUUCUAAGGCCGUUGCAACCAUAAAGAAAUCUAGCAAAAUGCAGCCCUUUAGCCUCCUAGACGAUGGACAAAAACGAACGGUUUUGGAGGCCAUAUCAAGCCAGAUCCCCGCUGAAUCUGUUGUCGAGGAUGCUUUCCCCUGUACCGGGCUUCAAGAAGGACUUAUGGCACUAACUGCCAAACAGCCCGGCUCGUACAUUGCCAAGAAUGUGUACAAGCUAUUAAAGCAUGUGGAUAUCAAUCGAUUUAGAAUGGCUUGGGAGAAGACAGCAGCUCUUUGCAACAAUCUUCGGACGCGAAUCUUCUCCAUCGAUGGACGCAUAAUCCAAGCCACUAUCCUAGACGAUGGGUGCUGGGAGUCCUCGAAUGUAUCCGACAUCCAGGGAUACCUGAAAUCUAUGAAAGAUAGGAAAAUGACUUAUGGAUCGCGUCUUUGCCAUUAUGCACUGGUUGAUGGGCCGGAAGGAUCGACUUAUUUUGCACUCGAUACCCACCAUGCUAUUUUCGACGGUUGGUCAAAUGGCCUAAUUCUCACCACUCUGCAGGCACAGUACUCCGAUACAGCCAUGCCUUCAAUCCAGCCAUUUUCUUCUUUCAUCAAAUAUACCAUGGACAUUGAUUUGGACGAGGCCAACGAGUACUGGAGCAAGGCGUUAUCAGGGGCUCAGAUGUCGACUUUCCCCGCAUCAAGAGGCGGCAUGGCUGGACUCACGCGAGUUGUCCAGAAAACCAUCAACCUACCAACGCCAACAAAUAAGUCUAUUACCCAAGCUUCAACUCUUCGCGCCGCUUGGGCCCUUGUACUCGGGCGGUACUCUGACUCACACGACGUCUGCUUUGGAGUUACCUCAUCUGGAAGGCAUGCCCCUGUUCCUGGAAUUCAAAAUAUGCCAGGCUUAGUGAUUGCUACGGUUCCCGUUCGUGUCAAAAUCAACGAGAAACAGACAAUUCGUCAAUUUCUGCAGAGUGUCCAGGACCAGGCCAUGGCAAUGGUACCCUAUGAGCAACAUGGGCUGCAAAACAUCUCAAAACUAAGCUCCGAUGCUAAGCAGGCUUGCAACUUCAGCAGUCUUUUGACCGUCCAGCCUGCCCGGAAUAUGGGUCUGGAUGGAAGCGAUGGCGACUCGGUUCUCACGCCGGCUCACCUAGAAGGUCUACAAUCGGAUGAUGUGCUUCAGAACUACUUCAGCUAUCCUCUCGUAGUGCAAUAUCAUAUCCUACAAGACUCGAUAGAGUUGAAUCUCAUUUACAACACAGGAGUGCUCUCAGAGGAUCGGCUAGUAGCCUUGUCUCACCAUCUUGGCCAUGUAGUGAGCCAGCUUGCACUGCAAAGUGAUAAACCACUUUCUACCAUUUCUAUUAGUAGCGAAUGGGAUCUGAACAAGGCGAUAAGCUGGAAUUCUCAAACUCCCACCCGUCUUGAUGAACUUUGUGUCCAUGAUCUUUUCUCGCAGCAUGCUCAACGCAUGCCCCAGCAUGAGGCAAUUUUCACUUCGCGCGACACCAUGACCUAUGAAGCACUCGAUCGCUUCUCUACCAACAUUGCUAACUACUUGGGCCGUCUUGGUGUCAAGCCAGAAACUGUUGUCCCCUUCUGUCUAGAGAAGUCGAUGUGGACAAUAGUCGCAAUGCUUGGUAUCCUCAAGGCUGGAGGCGUUUUUGUUCCACUUGACCCUUCGCAUCCUACUGCUCGCCGACAGGCUCUGAUGGACGAAACAAUGGCGCAGUUUGUGGUAGUUUCCCCAAAUACCGCCCAUCUAUGCACUGGGAUGGCCCCGAAUGUCGUACUGGUGCCCGAUUGGAAACCAAAAGGUGUCAUUAUGGACCAUGCUGCCUUAUCAUCUAGUACCAUUGGACAUGGCAAAUACUUUGGCAUCGGACAGCUAUCUCGAGUUUUUCAAUUCUCUAAUUAUGUCUUCGAUGGCAGCAUGGGAGAGAUCCUUACAACCUUAGCUUUUGGAGGCACUGUAUGCGUACCUUCAGAAACCGAACGCCUGCAGUAUGCCGCCGAUUUCAUGGUGCGGUCCCGAGCGAACACAGCAAUGUUGACGCCUUCAUUUGUCAGAACAUUCAGACCUGAACAAGUCCCAUUGCUUAAAACUCUCGUGUUAGGUGGAGAACCUGCUUCGAAAGACCUUGUUGACACAUGGCAAGGGCAUGUGAAUUUGAUCAACGGAUAUGGCCCCGCGGAAGCCUGCAACUACGCAACCACGCACACUUUCGAUUCAAAUGAUGAAAACCCGCGUAAUAUUGGCCGUCCAUUCAAUGGAAAUUGCUGGAUCGUUGAGCCAGAUGACUUUAAUACACUGACUCCUCUGGGAUGCACCGGAGAACUCGUAAUUCAAAGUCAUGCCCUUGCUCGCGGCUACUUGAAUGAAGCUGAAAAGACCAAGAGCUCCUUCCGCGACCGUAUCAAUUUCUUGCGCCGUAAUCACGCCAAGAAACCCCGACGUUUCUAUCUGACUGGUGAUCUCGUGAGAUAUACAGCAGAUGGAGACAUGGAAUACGUCGGGAGAAAAGAUACACAGGCGAAGCUACGCGGCCAGAGACUGGAGCUCGGGGAGAUAGAAUACCAAAUCAAACGGGGGCUUCCAGCCAUAGAACAUGUGGCUGCUGAUGUCAUACGCCGGGACUCUGGCGAUGAGCUUGUUGCUUUCGUUUCAUUCGUAGGGAUGGACGAAUCCAGGCAGUCUGCCUCAAAAUUGCCAAACUUGAUCACACUUGAUGAUGGUUUACGAGACUCUCUCGUAGAGGUUGUAAGCUCUCUUAAGGCAGUAUUACCUGCUUACAUGGUACCCAGAACCAUAUUGCCACUUCAGCAUAUGCCUUUCAUCACAUCGAUGAAAAUAGACCGGGACAACCUCAAAUCUCUUGCAAAGUCAUUGUCCAAAGAAGAGCUGUCGGGAUACGCUUUACAUCGCACUGAUUAUGAGGAACCUUCGACUCCGAUAGAGUUCAAGCUGCGCGAUAUCUGGUCACAAGUGUUGCAGAUACAACCAGCACAAAUCGGCAAGAAUGAUUCCUUCCUAGCUAUUGGAGGUGACUCAAUCUCAGCUAUUCACAUGGUCUCCCUGGCACAGCAACAAGGCGUGAAGAUCGAAGUCUCCUCUGUGUUCGAGGACUCGAGAUUAUCUAACAUGGCGCAGUCCGCAAUCUUGACGGAGAACUUGGCCGAGACCUUUUUUGUUCAGCCUUUCAGCCUUAUCCCAACUGCUGAAAUGGAUAGUAUUCUUUCUGAAGUCAUGGAUCAAUGCAAACUCUCCGAAGGGAGCAUGGUUGAGGAUGUUUUCCCGUGUACACCACUGCAGGAGGGUCUCAUGGCUUUGGCAGUAAAGCAGCCUGGAUCUUAUAUUGCCAAGCAUGUUUACAAGCUAUCAAAUCACGUCAAUAUUGAUCGCUUUAAAGCUGCAUGGGAACGUACGGCCCAAAUAUGCGGCAAUCUGCGUACAAGGAUUGUGAGUAUUGGCGGCUCACACUUCCAAGCGGUGCUGAGCAGCGAUAUUGAUUGGGCGGCUUGCGACAACAUUUCUGUCAAUUCAUUCCUCAAUUCUCCCCAGUCUAACACUGUAUGCUACGGGGAUAGACUGUCUCAUUGCGCCAUUAUCUUAGAGAAUGGCCAUCGCUAUUUUGCAUGGACUAUCCAUCAUUCAAUCUUCGAUGGUUGGUCAACUCGUACAGUUUUGAAGACUCUGUAUGAGAGCUACUUCGAGAUAACUGCGUCGCCCCUCCAGCCGUAUUCUAGCUUUAUAAACUACAUGAUGAAGCUUGAUAAGGAUGCGGCUAAGGAAUUUUGGAAGAAGGAGCUUCACAACGUCACACGGGCGACAUUCCCUUCCCCGCUCCCGACAACCGAAUCUACCAGCAGCCAAGUACAAACCUUAACACGGUCAAUAUCCUUCGCAGAGACUCGGAAUACGUCUAUUACUACCGCAACUGUGCUUCGCGCGACGUGGGCACUAGUUCUAGCACGCUACUGUGAUACUGAUGACGUGUGCUUCGGUACAACAAUAUCAGGUCGUCAGGCUCCUGUCCCGGGCUUGGUAGAUAUGCCUGGGCCGGUGGUCGCCACCGUCCCUGUUCGUGUACAAAUUGACUCAACACGUCUUGUGUCUGAUUAUCUUCAGGAUGUUCAGAAUCAAGCUGGUAGGAUGAUUCCGUAUGAGCAAUACGGUCUCCAGAAUAUUGCGAAACUCACUCCUGAUACAAAGGAGGCCUGCGAGUUUUCCAGCCUACUCCUCAUUCAGCCCAUGAACCAUAUUACUUCACAAAAUGGGUCUGGAGAAGAGCAAAUAUUUUUGGCAACUGGAGAUGAUGACGCUCAGGCGACAGGAGAGAUGCAAAACUACUUCACUUAUCCACUCAUUAUCCAAGGACAAGUCCGUGAGCAAGGAGUGGACCUUGUGCUGAUAUAUAAUUCUGCUGUUCUCUCCGAGGACAAAAUCACCGCACUGAGUCAUCAUUUUGAUCAUGUGGUUCAGCAACUGACUGGAGAUCCCCAGAUGGCAUUAUCAGAAGUCUCCGUAUCUGGAGAAUGGGACUUGCAGAAGGCCAUUGAAUGGAAUCUCGACGCUCCGGAAUAUGCAAAUGUCUGUGUCCACCAACUGAUCGAAAAGCAAGCUGAAUCAGUUCCAGAUGCGACGGCACUUGAUGGAUGGGAUGGCACACUCACUUACAGGGAGCUCAAUGAUGCCGCUAAUAGAUUGGCCCACCACCUGCUCUCCAACCUGGGUGUCAAAGCUGAAGAUUUGGUGGUUGUAUGCUUUGAUAAAUCAAUCUGGUUUAUUGUCUCAAUUCUAGCAAUCAACAAGGCUGGCGCUGCCUGGGUGCCAAUAGAUCCAUCUCACCCCCUCCAACGCCAGCGCCAGAUCGUUAGGCAGACACAAUCGAGGGUUGCCUUGGCGGCACCACAAAUGGUUUCGAGAUGCUCAGAGCUUGUCUCGAAUGUAGUGGAGGUGACUGCUACGUUGGACCGUUCUCUGUCUAGAAACGACACAAUCAGCUCCUCUGGGCAAACAGUAGCCGUAGCUCCAAGCAACACAACGUAUGUCCUCUUCACCUCCGGAACCACAGGCCUCCCAAAAGGUUUAGUAAUGGAGCAUGGGGCGUUGACCACAUGCAUUCUUUCUCUUUCGAGCACCUUGGGGGUCCACCAGAAUGUCAAAAUGCUGCACUUUUCUGCCCACGUGUUUGACAUUGGCAUUGGAGAGAUAUUUAUGCCAUUAUUUUCUGGCGCUACUCUCUGUAUCCCCUCCGAGGAUGAUAGAAUGAACAACCUAUCCGAUUUCAUUUGCGAGAAGGGGGUUAAUUGGCUUUUCCUCACUCCAUCAUUUACCCGAACCUUGCGGCCAGAGAAAGUCCCAACCAUCGAACUGAUCCUCACUGCGGGAGAACCCUUCGGUAAAGAUCUAUUGGACAUGUGGUUUGGCAAGGUUCGACUUGUAAACUCAUGGGGCCCAGCAGAAACUUGCAUUAUCAAUACAACUAACGAGUUCAAGUCACAACACGAUUCUGCCUUGAAUUUCGGUCGGCCUUUUAACUCCAGGUGUUGGAUCGUAGAUGCCGAUAAUCCACACCGCCUUGCCCCAAUAGGCUGUGUUGGUGAGAUUGUCCUUCAAGGUCCUAUCAUAUUGAGAGAAUAUCUUGCAGAUGUUGAAAAGACACAAGCGGCCAUGAUAACCAACCUGCCUAGCUGGGUUCCCCAUCGGAACGAUGCGCACUGGAACAGAUUUUUUAAAUCAGGUGACUUGGGCUUCUAUCACCCUGAUGGAACCAUUGAAUUUGUUGCGAGGAAGGAUACUCAGGUUAAGAUUCGCGGUCUCCGAGUCGAAUUAGAUGAGGUGGCUCAUCAUAUUCGUCAAUCUCUUGAAGAUGUUCAGAAGAUCAUCGUCGAUGUACUCAAGACCAGCAAUGGCGUUAACCUCGCUGUAUACUUGUGUUUCUCCAAUGAAACUCGACUCCCGCAAGAGGUCUUGGGAGAUGACGGCGACCUCCUCCUUCCGCACACACCAGAACUUCAACAGCGCUUAGCAGAGAUGGUCAGCAGACUCACAGCGCUGCUGCCUCGAUAUAUGAUCCCAACUUUCUUCUUUCCCUGCAAGUUCAUACCACUCACUGGAUCGUCAAAGCAAGAUACCAAGCGACUUCGUAAUGUGACGGCCGCGCUCAGCCCAGAGGAACUUUCCCGCUUCUCUCCCUCAUCAGGUGAGAAGCGAGCACCGGAGACUCCUAUGGAGAAUCAGAUUCAACGCCUUUGGGCCGACCUCAUCAACGUUCCAGCUACCUCGAUAGGCCGUGAUGACACCUUCCUAGCCCUUGGAGGUGACUCCCUCCUAGCCAUUCGGUUCAUCUCCCAACUGCGUGACGUAGGUUUAAUCUUGACCGUCAAGGAUAUAUUUGAUGAUCCUCGCUUGUCGUCUGUUGCCAGCAAGAUUAGACACAGUGAAGCAGGUGAUGAAGUUCAGGAAACCAUUGCCCCUUUCCAGCUAUUGGGCGAUGGUCAGCUAGAAGCAGUCCAAGCAGACCCUGGUCUCCAUUCUGGGCAUGAGAUUGAAGACGCUUUCCCUUGUACCAAGCUUCAGGAGGGUUUGAUGACGAUUUCUGUCAAACAGCCUGGUUCAUACAUCUCUAAGCAAGUAUUCCAUAUCCCACAACACGUGAAUCUCGACAAUUUUAGAACCGCCUGGGAGAGAACAGUUGAACUAUGCAGUAACCUGAGGACAAGGAUAGUUCUUCACCAGAAUUCUUCGAUCCAGAUGGUUGUCAAGUACGAUCGAGGAGAUGUAUGGGAUGAAGUCAAUGGACUUGAUCGGCGAUCUUUCCUACGAAAUUCCCACACAGUCCAUAUGGGUUAUGGAUCGCGGCUCUACAGAUCUGCGCUAUUACAAGAGCCAAAUGGCCAGAGCUUCUUUUGCCUUCUAAUGCACCACGCAAUAUUUGACGGCUGGACAAUGUCGAUUAUUUUAAGAACCCUGGUCAGCUUCUAUGAACAAAACCAGACUCCUACUGUCUAUCCAUAUAAUAGAUUCGUCAAGUAUACUCAGGACCUCGACCAGAACCAAGCUACCAGAUUCUGGGAAGGCCAACUUCAGAAUGCACAAAAAGCAUCGUUCCCAGAUUUUGUUGAGAAUCUUAAUGCCCAACAACAAACUAAAGUCUUCCAAAAGCCCUUGGAAAUCUCCUGGCCCAAAGAUACCAGUGUUACCAAAGCAUCCGUGCUUAGAGCAGCCUGGGCGAUUGUUCUUUCUCGUUAUUGCACGUCGGAUGAUAUUUGUUUCGGUGCGGUGGUGUCCGGAAGAAACGCGUCGGUAUCAGGAAUUGAGGGAGUUACCGGUCUCAUUACAGCAACUGUUCCUGUCCGCGUACGACUUUCACGAGAUCAACCGGUUUCCCAGUUCGUCCGAGGGAUACAAGCUCAGGCAUCCGAUAUGGUAGCACAUGAACAGUUUGGCAUUCAAAAUAUAGCCAAACUCGGACCUGACGCAAAAGAAGCCUGCGACUUUUCAAGUCUGAUGAUUGUCCAGCCUGGCCAGCAUGUGGAAAAUCCUACUACCGUCAAUCCCAAAGGCGUACUUGAGCCCGAUGAAUCGCAGGAAUGUGCCAUCCAGGACUCGAUGCAAAACUUCCUCAAUUACCCUCUCGUGGUCCAAUUUGUCUUACAAGGUUCACGAACAGAACUGUUUAUCAUGUACGACCCCAAUGCAGUUACUGAGCAGCAAUCAAUCGCUAUCUCUCACCAGAUAGAACAUGUCAUCAGCCAAAUGCUGAAACCAGACGACAUGUUGCUGGGCGAAUUGUCCGUGUCUGGCCCUUGGGAUCUACAACAGGCAAUCAAAUUUAAUUCCCACGUCAAUCAUGACGUUGUUCAAGCUUGCAUUCACGAUUUCGUUUCAAACCAUGCUCGUCGUGAACCAACUCGAGAAGCGAUUUACUCCACGGAAAGAUCAUUUACAUAUGGAGCGCUAGACAGCCUAUCUGAUCUUCUAGCCUCCUAUCUACAUUUCCUGGGCGUUCGACCUGAAAUCAUGGUACCCUUCUGCUUCGAAAAGUCCCCUUGGGCCAUCAUUGCGAUGCUGGGCAUAAUGAAGGCCGGAGGUGCAUUUGUUCCACUUGAUCCAGGUCACCCCUUCGAUAGACGGAAGUCUCUAGUCCAAGAAGUUGAUGCUCGCGUCGUCCUUGUAUCUCCCUCGACGGCACAAGCUUGCGAGGACAUUGCCGAACAUGUGAUCGAAAUCUCAGAACAGUUCCUGUCACAUCUGAAGGUUUUGGGCAUUUCGCUACAACCUCCAAAGACGAUAUCUAGCCCGGAUAAUGCGGCGUACACUCUUUUCACCUCUGGGUCGACUGGCAAGCCAAAGGGUGUUUUGAUCACUCACUCUUCCAUAUGCACGUCGCUGAUGGGCCAGAGAGAGUCCAUGGGCUCCUCAUCUAGCUCUCGCUGGUUCCAGUUUGCAAACUAUAUUUUUGACGCCUGUAUCAGUGAAAUUUGGGGCCCUCUCAUCCUAGGCGGUGUGGUCUGCGUGCCAACUGACAGAGAGAGGCUCCAUGAUGCAGCCAAUUUCAUCACAUCGUCUCAGUCCAAUAUCGGAGUCCUCACUCCAUCCUUUGUAAAGAUGCUAUCACCCCUCGCAGUUCCGUCUCUCAAAACUCUAAAUCUAGGCGGAGAAGCCCCUACCAAAGACCUCUUGGAUACGUGGUUUGAGCAUGUCGACCUUCGAAAUGCGUAUGGUCCCACAGAAGCGUGUAUCAGCUGUGCCUAUUAUCAGUACAAAUCUCCUACAGAGUCACCAACCAUCAUAGGUAAUGGCUUUGUUCACAAUACCUGGAUCGUGGAUCCUGACGAUCACAAUCGCUUAGCGCCCAUCGGGUGCACUGGGGAGCUACUUGUUCAAGGUUGGUCAUUGGCCCGUGGUUAUAUCGGCGAUGGCGAGAAGACUAAGGCAUCAUUCAUUAAUGGUGUGAACUGGAUGCCACGCUCUGUGCCAGGCCAUGAGUUUGGGUUCUAUAAGACUGGCGAUCUCGCCAAGUACAACCCGGACGGCACAAUUUCCUACCUGGGCCGGAAAGACGCCCAAGUCAAGAUUCGAGGCCAACGCAUAGAAAUCGGCGAGAUUGAGUAUCAGAUCAGUGUGGUAGACCGUUCUAUCAAGCAGGUGGCCGUCGAGCUUAUUCCAUAUCGUUCUCGCGAUACUCUUGUCGCACUUUUUACAAUCAACAGCGAAAGCCACGAGGAUGAUGAUGCCCAAACUAUCCAAGUGGCUGGCAAAACACAGUUGAUUUCCAAUACGUUAAUCAACCUGUAUUCCAAGCUGGCAUCUCAACUCCCUGAGUACAUGAUUCCUCAGUACUUUAUCCCUGUGGCACGUAUUCCGCAAAAUACUGCUGGAAAGCUCGAUCGCAGGUCUCUGGCCAAGUUCGUAGCAGCCAUGUCCACUGAGGACUUAUCCAGAUGGUCUCUCAGUCAAAGCCUACCGUUCCGCGAAUGUACAACAGACAUCCAGCGCUGGCUACGCCAUCAGUGGGCCAUGGUCCUAACUAUGCCGGCUACGACUAUCAGUGUGGAUGACAAUUUCUACAAUCUUGGGGGUGACUCCAUCCGCAUCGUGACACUGAAUAAACUUAUCUCGGAGAAGUUUAAUGUUCAGCUAGGAAUAUCACUCCUCAAUAGUAAGCAGACUACCAUUGGCAUCAUGGCCGGUUAUAUCGAGGAUGCUAGGGACGAACGUCUCGCGAAUGAGACGUCCAUCAGUGUGGCAGAUGAGAUCACGACGGUCACCAACACGUCAUGGGCUAGGCACCCGCAGCGUUUAAUCGAGAACCCGAUCACGUCCUUGCCAAAAAAUGCUACUGUCUUUCUAACAGGAGCCACGGGAUAUCUGGGCACCGAAAUUUUACGCCAGCUGGUCCGCUCGGAGGCUAUCAGAACCGUGAUUGUCCUCGUACGCAGCAAGUCUUCCCGCAUGGGAUUAGAACGCGUCAAAGAUGCUGCCCGUAUUACAGGAUGGUGGCGAGAUACCGAUAAAGAAAAGAUUGAGGUUUGGGCAGGCGACUUGUCUCAACCACAACUGGGACUUGAAGAAUGUCAACGGUCCCGUUUGACAAAGUCAGGCGAUGGCCAGAUUGAUGCAUUUAUCCACAACGGAGCGGUGGUCAAUUGGAACGCAGACUACACCAAACUCAAAGCUGCCAACGUCGAUUCCACAGUUGACCUUCUUCAUCUUGCUUCUGUCUCUGCGUCAAAUCCCAAAUUUGUGUUUGUGACGGGCGGCAUGCACGUUAAUCACGAUGACGAAGUAGAUGUACACGCGCCAAUUAUCAAUUCACUCAACGGCUACAUUCAGACAAAGUUCAUAGCCGAGAGGAUCGUGUAUAACAUGAGCCAGAAACUACCUUCACAACAGAACAGAAUUUCGAUCGUCAUGCCUGGGCGAAUCAUUGGAGGCCAAAGUACGGGCGUGGCCAAUGUUGAUGACUUCCUCUGGCGAAUGGUAUCGUGCGCAGCUGCCAUAAGGAAACAUCCUUCAGAUACUCAAGGACUUUGGAUGCAAAUUGCGGAUGUGUCCAAUGUGGCAGAAAGAAUCAUCGGUCAGAUUUUUGCUCAGGAUGAAAUGUCACCUUAUGUCUCAGCAACAGGCUUGAUACCAGAGUCCUUGUUUUGGGAUCAAGUGAACGCGGAAUUGAAGGUUCAAUGCCAGCCUAUUUCUUGGGAGGAAUGGCAAACAUCCGCGAUGGAAUCGAUGAACAAGGCUGGAGAAAAACACCCUCUUUGGCCGGUUCAGCAUUUCGUGUCUCGUCUUGGAAAACCAGUGGAGAAAGAGGAGAUCGAUGCAGAAGACUACACACAGCUUUGCCGCGCAGUAAGAAGCAAUGUGAGAUAUCUUAUGCGCAUCGGCUUCAUCCAGUCGUCAGCAGGCGAAUUUGGCGAUAUUCGCGAGGCAACAAUGAAGCGUAUGCACACCACCUGA